UGUAGACAAGAUGUCUUCAAGUAGCACCCUGAACGCUCCAGGACAGCUGCAGAAGCUCGGCUCCCUCAUUGUGGGAAUGAAGACGGAGACCUUGUUGACCCUCACCUCGGACAGGCUGUUGUCAUCCCUGCCUGCCAUGGCCCAACAAACACCAGACCUCAGCCCACCACAAGCCAAUGCUAUCGCCACCAAACUAUGGGGCUUCCCAGAAGUGGUGGGUUGGCAGGAUGAUGUGGAGCCUUUGCUCUAUUGCACGCCCCUGCUCAGCGUCCUUCCCAGGACUCGCCUGCUUGUGAACAACAUCACCAUAGCAUCCACAAAACCCUGGAACACACAGCAGGCUAAAGCAAUUUUCAAAGAGGUGCUUGAUAAUAAACCAAACCUAGGCGCACAAGAUUUUCUGAGUCUGGGAACAGUGGGUCAGGGUGUGAGCUGCAAGGUCUUACAGGAACGUUUCCGGGCUGAUUCCUCGCCUUCUUCCGUGAGAAGAAUCCUGGCCUUCCUCCGGCAGCAGCCUCGUCUUCUUCACACCUCACUGAAAAAGUGUGUGAUCGAGGAGCUGUAUCAGUUUGAGUUCUUCUCUGAGCUGCUCACAGAUCUUGGGACUGAGAUUGCCCUGUCCAUGCCUGUGAGCACCAUUAAGAAGUUUCCCACAGAUAUGAUGGUCACUCUGAGGAAGAUGAUUGUUUGGGACCCUCAUCACUUUCUCUUGCUGUCUAGAACAAAACAGGAGCUGCUGGUGGACAAAAUUGUGCAGACGAUGGGCAUGUACACAGGGGUGUUCACUGAGGAGGAAUUUCAUUCAAUGGGCAUUAUGGCACCGUUUGUGGUGGACGAGGUUUUCAUUCAGCUGGACCGCAGCUUCUUCAUCGACAAUCUAGAUUUACUCCGAGGGCUCUGCUACAGCAGCAGCAAGAUGGACAUUGUGGCUCGUAUUCUGCAAGAACCUGCAGCCUUUGGCCCAGUCAAAAACUGGAACCAGACAACACUCAGUGAGGUGGACCGGUUUCUAUUCUUCCUGCCUGACAAACAACUGCAGGAGAUUUCCCUGGCGCUGAUGACUGUGGGCCGUAUAGAGAAGCUGUUCAUGAGCCAGCGUCGCUGGGAACAUGGAGAUGUUGGGAUCCACUGUUCUGACGAGAACGAGAGGAAGAGAUCUUUUGAAAAGCAGCAGUUUGUUCUACAGUUUUUCCUGGGCUUCCUCAAAAUAGAUCCUGCAUCACCGACUCCUUUGGUUCCUACUUGUGAGAUUCUGCAUACAACAGCUCCUUCUGCCUGGACCUCCAACAGUCUGACCAGCAUGUCUUCAGCAGCCUUCUCCAACUGUCUGGAGCUGAUGGGUCAUGAUCCGUUCCUUGCAUCCUACCAAAGCAGACAGGUGCUCAACAAAGUGAAACAGAUGUACGGCCCCGUCUCGUCCUUCUCCCAGUCUUUGAUCUCUCAGCUGGGUGGAUUAGCGAUAGAACUGACACUAGAUGAGCUGAGCAGCCUCCGACUGACUGAGCGAAGGAGUAUGGCUGCUCUGGGGGCUGUCAGUGCCUGGAGCAACAGACAGCUUUCUGCACUGUUUACCACCGUGUUAAACUCCACCAAGCAAAGCCCGAGCCAGCUUGACUCUAGCACAUUUGUGGCGAUGGGAUACAUCGUGUGCGGAGCUAAAACCACAGAGAUGAAUUAUUUCAAUGCUGUAGAGUUAAGUAAGGCGGUGCUCUGGCUGGGUCAGCUGAAGCUGUCCUGCUCUGAGGAGCAGCUGCUGGCUCUUGUCAGGCUGCUUUCCCACAGUCUUGCCUUUGGUCCCAUAAGUUCAUGGGGAACUGAUGUCUUCAUUGAGAUCGGAGUUCUGGCAGCUGGUCUCCCAGACAUGAGUAUGUCAGCUUUAGUGAAAGAGCAAAUAGAAGGAAUCACACCUGCUGCUGUCACAUUGAUACCACCUGAUAAUUUGCUGUGGUGUUUCACCAGAGACAGAUCAGCAUGUUCUCCUAUGAGCAGGCUACAGCAGUAACUGGGGAGCAGCUCUCUGCUCUGUCAGAUGUUCAGAGGACUGCUCUGGAUAUGGUGCUGACACCGUGGGAAGACAGGCCUGUAGACUUCAGAGGGAAAUCACUGGGGCUGGCAAUGAGCCACAGUCCUCUGUGUCUCAUACUGGGACUGCUGAUGUUGCUGAUCGUCCUGCCCUGCCCUGACCUGACCUGAUCUGCCCUGGCACAUGACCCCGCUCACCCCUGCUGGAUCAGGAAACACCUCCUCACCCACAUAACCAAGAUGAUCUCAUGUAUCUGUGCAAUACUAUACCUCUUUGAAAUAAGCAGCACUUCAGGUUUUCUAUUGUGUAUUUAAUGAGAUUUUAAUAUAUUUUGUGAAACUAUCGCUUAUAUACAGUAUACAUAUCAACAUUGAGCACUAAACGAACAAAUUAAUAAUUAAAUACAAUAAAAAAAAAAAAAUGUUCAUAGUAUAAACAUUACAUCCAUAUCCAAGUCUUACCAAAACCCACAUAAUUAUUGUCAUUACAGUUGGCUUAUUUAUUCAUUUUUUUGAUAAACUUUGAUAAAACCCAGACACUUAAAAGAUUUAAAUACAGUUAUGAUACACUUAUUACUAGCACACCUACAAAGUUAUAUAUUUUUGUGAAAUAAUAUAAUAUUUUUGUCAGAGUAAAAGCUGUAAUGUUUGCUACAUUUAUAUUGCUGUUGUGAGUUAUCUUGAUAAGAUAACAGGUAUGUUCAAUGAUACCUGAUUGAAUUAGUUUUGGUCAACUUCAGUCUAUUUUUGCUGUGAGUUUUGUAUUGUUGUGCACACUUUCUGGUGUGAUAAAUAUAGUCCUAAAUGAUUACACUG